AUGCUUCGUACCGCUGCUAUUCGUACUCGUGUUGGUGCUGCUCGUGUUAUCGGUCGCCGUAACGCCUCCAGCAAUGUUGCUGUUCAAAACAUUGAGACUCGUUGGAAGACUCUUUCCACCGCUGAACAAAACACCAUCGCCAAGCAACUUGAAGAAGCACAAAAGGGUGAUUGGAAGUCCCUCUCUCUCGACGAAAAGAAGGCUGCCUACUACAUUGCCUUCGGUGCUCACGGUCCCCGUGAACCCUUGACCAAGCCUGGCCAUGCCAUGAAGGUCUUUGGUGGUGUUACUGGUGUUCUCGCUGCCUCUGGUGCUCUCUUCUAUGCCAUCCGUGUCAAUGGUCAAGAAACCCCUCACACCAUCAGCAAGGAAUGGGAGGAGAAGACCAACGAGUACCUCAAGAGCCAAAACUCCAAUCCUAUCUCUGGUAUCUCCUCAGAAGGAUACAAGGGAACUGGUUAUGUCGUCAGCAAAUAA